CGCGCGUUUCGAUUGCUGUUGGGCUUUAGCGUGAUUGUACUCCCUCGGCCACCGUAGUGCAAACACGUGUGAAGCUGUUUGCUACGUUCUGUUACUCUGUUGUAUAAGCUUGUAAAAUACCGUUCAAAUACACACUGUAACGGCGUCGUUCAUUGGUAAAAGGAUCUGUUAUCAUGAGUGACUGUGAGGACGAUGUGCCUCGGCUCUCCGCGGAGACCCUCGCAGCGCUGCACGAGUUUUACGCCGAGAGUGGAAGGACUGGACCGGAACAAAACUCCAUCAAGACCGACAAGUUCAGUGUCGGUGCUGUAGAGGAAGACUGGCGCAUGAGUCAGUUCUGGUACAGUGAAGACACGGCCGCACGGUUAGCAGAGGAAGUCAUGCAGCAGGCUGGAGAACAUGGCAGGAUAGCUUGUAUAAGUGCACCAAGUGUGUAUCAGAAACUGAAACAGUUGGACUCCACGAGGUCGGACAGUGUGUCUGCUGUUUUGCUGGAGUUUGAUCGACGUUUCGCAGCAUAUGGAGAUGAGUUUGUGUUUUAUGAUUACAACAACCCUCUGUGUCUGCCUGAGGAUGUCCUUCCUCAGAGCUUUGACAUUGUCAUCGCAGAUCCUCCGUACCUCUCUGAAGAGUGUCUCGGCAAGGUGGCACUCACCAUUAAAUACCUUACUAAGGGAAAAAUCCUGCUCUGCACAGGAGCUAUUAUGGAGGAGCCUGCUGGGAAACUUAUGGAUCUAAAGAUAUGCAGUUUUUUACCAAAACACAAUCACAAUCUGGCCAAUGAGUUCCGCUGCUAUGUGAACUAUGAAUCAAGCCUUCUCUCAUGAUAAAGGCUUUCAAUCUGACAACAUUUGAACAGUUUUUUUUUUUUUUUCAUUAAA